CGUCCAGCAGCUGAUCGGUAAUCCAGAAGAAGUUUCCCCUCAGUUAGGGGGGAGAUCCACUUUGAAGCAGGAGACUCCACAACCACCCUGCAUUAAAAAGGAAGAGGAGGAACUCUGCAUCACUCAGGAGGAAGAGUGUCUUCUAGGAUGUGAGGAAGCUGAUUACACCAAGUUUCCACUGAGUAUUAUCUUUGUGAAGACUGAAGAUGAUGACGAGAAACCACAAGUAGACAACCUCUUAGCUCCACUAUCAGAUAGUGAGGCUGAAGACGAGGUUGAAGAACCUUUGAGCAGCGAUGAAGACUGUGAAGGUGAUAUGAGGACUCACAUUGACAACAAACACUCUGAAUGCUCUUCAAAGAAGACAGGUGAAAAAUGUCUGAGCUGCUCAGUUUGUGGCAAAAGCUUUUCUCAAAAUAGCUCUUUGACUCAACACAUGAGAACACACACAGGUGAAAAACCAUUUAGUUGUUCAGUUUGUGGCAACAGCUUUUCUCAAAAUAGCUCUUUGAAGCGACACAUGAGAACACACACAAGGGAAAAAACAUUUAAUUGUUCAGUUUGUGGCGAUAGCUUUACUCAAAAAAGCCAUUUGACUCGACACAUGAGAACACACACAGGAGAAAAACCAUUUAAGUGUUCAGUUUGCGGCAAAAGCUUUUCUCAAAAUAGCUCUUUGACUCAACACAUGAGAAUGCACACAGGAGAUAAACCAUUUAAUUGUUCAGUUUGUGGCGAAAGCUUUUCCCGAAAUACCUAUUUGACUCAACACAUGAGAACACACACAGGUGAACAACCAUUUAAUUGUUCAGUUUGUGGCAAAAGCUGUUCUGUUAAGAGAUAUUUGACUGAACACAUGAGAACACACACGGGUGAAAAACCAUUUAGUUGUUCAGUUUGUGGCAAAAGCUUUUCUUUUAAGGGCAGUUUGAUAGAACACAUGAGAACGCACACAGAUGAAAAACCAUAUGAGUGUUCAGUUUGUGGCAAAAGCUUUUCUGUUAAGAGAAUAUUGACUCGACACAUGAGAACACACUGGACUAAGACUAUUUAAUUGUUCAGUUUGUGGUAAAAGCUUUCCUCUAAACAGCUCUUUGUGUCGAGAACACACACUGGAAUAAAACCAUUUAGUUGUUCAGUGUGCUGUAAAAGUUUCCCACAUAAUGCAGACGCAGUAAAACACAUAAGAACACACAAGGGAAAAUAACCAAUUAGCUGUUUAGUUUGUGGUAUGUUGCUCAUAUGUGGCGACAUCCACCCUACCCAGGACCUCCUCACUGCUUCUUUCACAAAUAUCUGAGGUAUUCAUACAAACUUGCAUUAUAUGAAGCAUAAUCUUAUCCACUCAUGACCCCAUGUCUUCUCUGUAUCUGAAACCUUCCUGAACAGUAAGAUAGAUGAUGCUUCAAGUGCUUGGUUACUCCUUCUUCAGUCCAGGGACCUGGGGCCUCAUGUGUAGUUUGCGCACGCUCAAAAACCUGCACUACGCCCUUUUUCACUGCAAAGUUGAGAUGUAUCAAAACUGAUGUUGACGCAUAAGUGAUGCUGGUAACUGUUCUCAUAAAAAACUGCCAACAUUUACUCCUCAGACUGAUUGAUGUGCAAAUCAGAGACAUAUGAACAAUUAACCACCAACACCCACAACCCAACCCCCACCUCCCUCGACAUUCGGGCAUAACAGGUUCAAUCCGG